AAUUUCAGGUGAAGACAAUGACACUCACGCAUUCAUCACGAUUCGCCGUUGGCCUUUCUCGGUCUAUAAAACGAGGCUUCAAUCAAGUGGGUGAUCUCGGAAGUGGCAGUGGAAAGGGUGGUGGUAGCGGUGGACCGAUACGUGAUGCUGGUGGUGCUUUCGGGAAACGUCAAGCUGCACGCGAGGAGGAAUAUUUCAAAAAUCUAGAAAAAGAGCAGUUGAAAUCGUUACAAUUGCAAUAUAAAAAUUUGCGCAAAGAAAUGGAACGUGAGAUAGAAGAACAUGAAAAUCAUUCUCGUGAACAUAAAGAGGCAGCUGAACGUCUGAGACGUCGAGUAAAUGAACUGGAAAGAGAAGAGCACCAACUGAAAAGUCAAUAAAUUAGCUUUUCUUUUCUAGAUUCUUUGAUUGUCAUGAAGAUGCUAGAAACGAAGCAAUUAAACUGUGAUUAGACUAGGUUAAUGUAUAAGAAAUUGGAGAAUCCAGAAACCUAAAUAUUAAGGUUUCUCGAGUCUGCUUCCACAUAAUUAUUUCUGUGUGUUUUUCCAUAAGCAAAUGCAGCAUUUUAACUUAUAAAAUUUUAUUGUGUUAUGUAUUACAAAGACUAAUGCCUUCCUCAUUUUGAAAAUGAGCGGUUUUUUAAGCAACAAAAGUUUAAGUUUACAGCUCGCACGAAAAAAACAUGAUAAAAGCAGGAAUAAACAACAAAUACUUAAUGACUAGGUACCCAAAAAAGGGAGUUUGAAAGAACCCAUAUUUAUUGUCGGUA